AUGUCUUUGAUGGCUAACGCUCGUCCACUGAUGGGGUUGGAGACCCGAAAAGACCGGAGUAGGUUCCCAUCGGAAAUGUCUUUGAUGGCUAACGCUCGUCCACUGAUGGUAUUGGAGACGCGAAUGUGUCCCGGAAUGGCUUCAGUGGAUAUCAUGGGACAAAUGGAUGAGCCGGGUUUGGAUACGCGAUGUGACCCUAGUCCAAUUGGAUACCCUAGUUGGAUACGCUAUGCGGAACUGGACCCCACAAUGUUAAACCGGGUGCAACGGGAAUACCUGUCCCAGCAGUCAUCCACCAGCCCUCCCAUCUCCCUAUACCAGACCAAACGCAACAGCGUAGUGGUGCUCAACAAGGAUACCGGAGUGCCGCAGAUAGUAAUCCAGAAGAAUGCCAAUGGUUUCGACUUAUCCAACGUCCAGACGUUCAACAACACCAGCGCCUACACGAAACGGAAAAUACUGGCUAUGCUUCAGGAGGUGAACAAUAAGCGCACGAUUAGGGAGUGCCGCCAAUCGGACGAGGAGUUGGGGUCCGUACUCGGGAUGCAUACCUACUUCAACCAGAAAACCAAGAAUUACAAGCAAAAGUACAUGGUUUAUAAUUUUCUCAAUUACCCAAAAGCUAGGCUAUGUUUUGGGAGCCCUACGCUUCCUAUACCUGUUAGAGAAAGUCAUAAUCAUAUGGUUUUCGGGGGAAUUCAUAAUCCGGAUGUGGUCGUCGAGCUGCAAAAACCAAUACCAGGGCUGGUCACCUCUCGACAUGUAGGAGCCCUACGCUUCCUAUACCUGUUAGAGAAAGUCAUAAUCAUAUGGUUUUCGGGGGAAUUCAUAAUCCGGAUGUGGUCGUCGAGCUGCAAAAACCAAUACCAGGGCUGGUCCGGCAAAAUCAAGUACCUGUCGGUGCCCUCGCGGCUCAUGGAUGUCAUCGUCAUCACCCUAUCGCUGGUGGUGUUGACGAUCAACCCGUCGAGCGGUCACGAGGUGUUCGCGGCGUCGGCUUUCCGCGGGUUUCACCGCUUUUUUCAAGUCCUACAGAUACUGACGCUCAAUAAGCAACUGCAGCCCUGGAAGGUGCUGUCCUCGGUCAUCUACGACCAGAGGGAGCAGUUGUUUAUCAUAUUUUACAUCGAGUUCAUAGUGUUGUGUAUUUUGGCGUACAUUUCCUAUAUCGUGGAGAAGGAUGAGAACCACCAGUUCGAUAGCAUUGCGGAGGCCAUGUGGUGGGCGUUGGUUACCCUAUCGACGGUUGGCUACGGGGAUAAAGUGCCGAUGACAUGGCUGGGCAAGCUAAUAUCCAGCUUAUUCACCGUACUGGGAGUGGCCAUAUUCGCCUUACCCGCGGGCAUCAUCGGCACAGGACUGGCCCUGAAAGUGGAGGAGGAGGAGCGCAAUCAGCAGCGAAAAAAGAAAAAAGUGGCCGCGGCCAUUUUAAUCCAGUGCAUGUGGCGGUGCUACAAGGCUAACGCCAAUUACGUAGCGGUGUCGUCCUUUUUUAAGCACAAACCCAUGGAUUUGUUCAAAAAACAUGACUACGAGAACAUCGCCAACAAAUUUGUCCGGCUGACCAAGUUUUUCAUAGCCAAACAACGGUUCAAGGAACUCCUACGGCCCCUGGACAUCAAGAAUGUGUUGCAGAGCUAUAAGGACGGGCAGCUGGAUGUGAUGAAUAAGGUGAAGCUGAUCCAGAGGUCGGUGGACAGUAUUGUCCGUAAGAUAGGGGCUAAUGAGUCGCGGAUUUACGGCGCGAAUACGUGUCUGGAGCGCAAGAUUGAGAGACUGGAGGUGACACUGAUGGCCAUUAUUGCGAGGGUUGACAGUCAGCUACCGGUGAUGGAGGGUAUCUCCCGGCGACUGAUCCGUAGCGAGCAGUUUGUCGACUACGUGCUGGACUCCCAGUCCUCCGGUACGGCCACCGAUGGCCGACAGAGUUGUAGUAAUUUUGUGAAUAAUACCAAUAGUUAUAGUAAUAAUAAAUUUUGUGAUAAUUCAAUGAGUCUUAGGAGGAAUUCCGUGUGA